CCGACCAUCGCUGAUCCUUCGGCCUCCAGACCACCAGACUCCUCCAGACCACCGGACUCCUCCAGACCACCGGACUCCUCCAGACUACCAGACUCCUCCAGACCACCGGACUCCUCCAGACCACCAGACUCCUCCAGACCACCGGACUCCUCCAGACCACCAGACUCCUCCAGACCACCGGACUCCUCCAGACCACCGGACUCCUCCAGACCACCAGACUCCUCCAGACCACCAGACUCCUCCAUGAGCUCCCCGGCAGCUGCAGCUCUGCCUGGCCGCCUGUCAGCGCUCUGUGCCCGGACACUCUGGGCGGCCCGGGUCGGUCCAAAGCUCCACAGCAGACAGCUGAACGUCCAGGCUGCGACCGAGGCGAGGAAGCUGAAGAGCAUCGACGACCUGCCGGGGCCCAGUUUGGCCACCACUUUAUACUGGUUAUUCAUCCAGGGCUACGCGGACAAGAGCCACCUGCUGCAGGUAGGACUGGACUCUGGUUUAAUCCGGAUUAACCCUGUAGACCUUCACUGUAACUGUGAAACAGCAGCUAGGACUGGAAACAGACAGAGGAAGACCCCAGCUAAAGAGGAACCAGGUAGUCCGUCUCAGAACUAUAAGAAGAGACAGAGGAAGACCCCAGCUAAAGAGGAACCAGGUAGUCCAGCUAAAGAAACAGGACAGGAGUGGUACAGGGUCCGCAGCGUUCUGAAUCCGAAGAUGCUGAAGCCUCAGGAGGUGUUGACCUUUGCUCCCAUCGUCAACCAGGUGGUCGGAGAUCUGUUGCGACGUGUCGAGCUCCUCCGGCGUCGCAGUCAGGACCAGACCACGGUCUCUGAUAUCGCUGCUGAGCUCUACAAGUUUGGCUUUGAAGGUAUCUCCUCCAUCCUGUUUGAGACGCGGCUGGGCUGCCUGCAGGAGGAGAUUCCUGAGGACACGCUGCGCUUCAUCAGUGCCGCCAACAACAUGCUGACGCUGUCUGAGACCGUGGUCCUCUUCCCCCGCUGGAGCCGUAGGAUCCUCCCCUUCUGGAGUCGCUUCAUCCAGGCAUGGGACGACCUCUAUGACGUAGCUCGGACUCUUAUUGACAGAAGAGUGACUGAAAUCGAGGCUCAGGUGAGCAGCAGGGAGCAGAUAGAGGGGAUGUACCUGACCUACCUGCUGUCUUCUGAUAGGCUGAGCAGAGCCGAAGUCUACAUCUGCAUCACAGAGCUCCUGCUGGGAGGGGUCGACACGACCUCUAACACCCUGUCCUGGGCGUUGUACCAGUUAGCGAGGGACCGCGGUGCUCAGGAUCGCCUGUAUGACGAGGUGACCUCCGUGUGUCCGGACAGACGAGAGCCGACCACAGACGACCUGAGCAGGAUGCCGUACCUGAAAGCCGUCAUAAAGGAGACGCUACGCCUUUAUCCCGUGGUUCCUGGAAAUGGACGCCUAAUUUCAGAGACCGAGGUGGUCGUGGACAACUACUGGUUCCCAAAGAAGACUCAGUUCCAUCUGUGCCACUAUGCAGCCAGUCACGAUGAGGCCGAGUUUGUAGACUCAGAGCUCUUCGUCCCUGAGCGCUGGCUUCGCGCCGAGCCGUCCGGCGCUGUCUGCGGCAGGGAGACGAAGGCGGGCUGCUACCAGCAUCACCCCUACAGCUUCAUCCCCUUUGGCGUGGGGGUGCGAGCCUGCGUGGGGAAGAGGGUAGCCGAGAUGGAGAUGUACAUUGCUCUGUCCAGGCUGAUGCAGCACUACGAGGUCCAGCCUGAAGAUGGCGCCCCGGUGGUGGAACCCAAAACUAGAACCCUGCUCAUCCCUGCAAAGCCCAUCAACCUGCGCUUCCUGCCCAGAGCCUGAGGAGGGCGCCGCUUAGGGCCAACAGCAGAACUGUAUAUUAUAAACAUGCAGCCUCACACCAGUGAGGUUCCUGGUUUGGAUCUCACGGGUUCUCCAGCUUCUCCAGCUUCCUCCUACUAACUGUCAUUAGGGUAACUGCUGGCUCCAUCUCUGUUGACUGACAGGCGAGCAGUCCGGGGUUUAUCCCAGUGCCAGCUGGGAUCAGCUCCAGCUCCUCAUAGGAUAAACACGAUAGAUUAUAGAAGGACUACAGAUGCUGAUCAGGAUGAAACAGAUGCUGGAACAAGGUUCAUGCUGAAGGGUUCAGAGGUUCUGUGCUGCAUCCUUUCCUAUCACCACAGCAGCUGAACUAACUAGUCCUUUAACUUUCAGCUGUGUGUAUGAGUGUGUGUGAGUGUGUGUGAGGGUGUGUGUGUGUGGGUGGGUUUAGGAAAUUCCAUGAAUGCAAUAGUCUCACUGACUCAUGUUUUCACUCUUUUAUCUGCAAUCAGAUCUUUGAGUCAGAAGCUGAUGGGACAUUUCUUUAAAGCCUGUGGAGUUUCGGCUGAAUGCUGCCCCCCUCUGGCAGAGAGGUGUAACACACCCCAUAAUGAUGCCAGUUUAUGUUUGAUCUACUCUGCUUUCUAAGGACAGUUUUAAUAAUAAUAAUAAAAUAUUAAUGGUAAUGAUCAAAUAUUAUUAUCAUCAUCAUCAUCAUUAUUAUUAUUAUUAUUGAAGUCAGCAUUAAGGAGGUGAAAUGUAAGAUGUGAGGUACUGGAGCCUCUUUCAGAUGUUUUCUGUUCAUCUUCUAUGAAAAUCCUGAGCAGGAAAGUUUUAAAAUUCAUUAUUCAACUUCAGAUUUGAUGCUUAGUAACUCAGACGUGGACAUGUGUGAUUUUAUCUGUGCUAAAUCUGUAUUUCUUUAUUUUAUUGUAGUGUUUCUGACCAUGUGGAUUUCAUAUUUUUAAAUGUGAUCAAACUUUUUAAACUGCU